UCAAAGGCGGUUGAUACGAACUGAGAAAGGUUGUUUCUGCUCUUGUGGUGUACAUAAUGCCACCAUAAUAGAGUCUUGUGCAUAACAUAUUCACUGAAUAUGAAGCAUAACGGGAACGAUAAAGAGAACCACGUCGACGGAUUGUUGGAGGUAGAUGAUAAUCCUCAAAAUGGAGGCGCAUCAAAGCUACCUUCAAUCACAGACUUCAGUUUCAUCAAACCAAUCAGCAAAGGAGCAUUUGGUAAGGUAUUUCUUGGCCAAAAGAAAUUGGCCCCAGAUAAACUGUAUGCCAUCAAAGUCAUGAAGAAAGCUGAUCUUGUGAACAAGAACCUCAUGAAGCAGGUGAUGGCUGAAAGAGAUGCUCUGGCUGCUUCAAGGAGUCCUUUUGUGGUUCAACUGUACUACUCCCUCCAGUCUCAGCAGAACAUCUUCCUGAUCAUGGAGUACCUGAUUGGAGGAGAUGUCAAGAGUCUACUUGCCAUCUAUGGAUACUUUGAUGAGGAGAUGGCUGUUAUGUAUGCUUCUGAGGUGGCUCUGGCACUGGAGUACCUCCAUAGUCACGGCAUCAUACACAGUGAAGGACCUCUAGAUACAGUGGACGACUUCAUGAAACCUUCGUAUGACCCCAGCAGCAAGUACAACAUCUACCGCACUCCCGGACAGAUAUUGUCUCUCAGAUCCUCCCUGGCGUUUAACCUGCCAUCAGCUAGAAAAGCAAAGAAACCUGCUCUGUUUGUUAGUCCAAUGCCUUCAGGUCAAAAGUCAACCUAUUGUAGUCCCCGUCCUCUCAUGGAAAAGUCCCCAUUCUGCAGUCCCCUUCGGAAUUACAGCACAACUUCGCCCUUGCUACGCAUCUCCUUAACUCCCUCCAGGAGGGGCUACACGGAGAGAACACGGAACCUCUCCACUGCCGCAGACGACGACCGCCCACCUGCACCCAUCCAGAGUCUCACACCAACUUUACAGGAUUCCCUGAAUUGGAGCAAGUCAGAAUCAGAGAGCACUGGGAUCAGAUCCAGGAAUACAGUCAACACUGAUAGUAAUCUGGAGUCUUCAGAACCAAAAGCUAAUCUGUUCGGUCAGUCAAGUGACAGUGUGUUCUCAUCCACAGAAACAGAUCAGGUGGACAAAGAAAUGUCAUCUUGUGACCAGUCUCAGGAUGAUGGUUGUCAGAGUCAUGAGAAGACUUCUUCCAGACAGGAAAGCUUUUCAGAGGAAACUCCACAACUUCAUCGGACCGAUGAGGCUGUGUGGAACUCAUAUGCUGCUCGUAACCUGCGGAGUAUGAGAGAGGGAUCCUACAGUGAAGAGAGUGAGGCUGAACCCAGAGGUCACUCAUUCUCUGAUGCUGACCUCAGUGUCUCCUACCUGGACUCUUCAGUGGAGUCUGGCCGCUUCACCAGCAUGUCCAACAGAGGCAGCAGUGGCUACAGCUAUCCCUCUGAUGACGAGUCAGAGGCCAGUCAACAAAGUUUGCGACUUCGUGCUCAGCGGAGGAGAAGCUUCGAAUAUUCAGACGACAGUGCUCUGUCUCGACGCAGCAGCAUGGGCGUGCAUGUGAUGGGGGUGAUCCGUGAAGAGAAGCUGUCUUCUCGGGGUGGGAGUGUAUCAGACUGGCAGGGCAGUAGAGACAACCAGGACUGGAGAAACAUGGACGACUGUGACCUCAGUGACUGUGAUGUGAGUAUUGGGCAGAAGGAUGAGCGGUGUCAGCUGACGUUCAUCAGCAGUUCCAGUGAAGACAGUCACGUUCCAUCUCGUGUGUCCAACACGGGUCUAACCCAGGAAAUCAGUUCGCUAACAUUCCGGCCCAGGGAAGAUGUGCAGGCUCCCUCUCAAGGAGCUGUUUCCGAAUCCUUUAUGCCAGGCAUCAGUGCUGUUAGCUCUCCCAGAGUCCCCAACACAGGACUUACACAGGAGAUCAAAACACUUGCAUUAUGUUCAGCCAGGAAGAAAUGUGAAGUCAACAAGAAAGAUAAUCUAGAGGAUUUUAAUGACAAGAAAAAGGGUGCCAUGAUAUCCGCUGCAACCAAUAAGCUGAAGAAAGACUUGAUGUCUGUGCCACGGAGCUCUGGGUUGACCCAGGACUUCUCGGGGCUGGAUCUGGCAGAUCAUGUGAUGAAGCCGUCCAGGAAGACAGUCAUACGCUUCAAGAGGGCUGACAGCACUUCAAGCUUGUCAGAUACACGUCGUGUGAAUGAUGUCAUUGAAAUGUCCAAGUCUAGGAAAAGAAGCUAUGGUGAUAUAGAGAACUGUAGGAACUCCUCCACUGAAGGCACUGAGGUUCCACAACUGCUGUAUGGAGAUGAACAUUUACGUAAAAGAAGCAAUGUCGAGUCAGUUACAAGUAAAGAUUGUGUUGACCUUGACCUCAAUGAAGGAAACUUCCGUUGCCAUGACUGCAGUAAUACGAGUGAUGGUUCUUCAUCAGAAUCGUCUCCCCUUGUGUCCCCUAAUGUCGUUGCUUCAGAGUCAGGAGCCAUAAAGAGUCCUCCAUUCACAGUGGUUGUGAUGCACACCUCCCCUGAUCCUUCCCCUGUGAGUCUGCCCCCCUUCCCCAGCGCCCCGCUGCCUUGUAUACACAGGAAGAAGGAGCUGCCCAUCAGCCCAGUGUACGGCUCGGGACGUAAGAAACGUUUCUUCGAUGGUGACGACACUGUAUUCAAGUCCCCGAUGCCACAGAGCUCAUGUGGAUGUCCCAUCCCAGCAGUGCAUCUCAACAGCAAGUCCUCCCUCAAAGACAGCCUUAUGAUCACGCCAGAGAGAGCUGCACGCAGAAGAGUGUCUCUGCUCCCUGCGGCCUACACACCAGCCAACCCUCACAAGACACCCUUCCUGACACCCUUCCGGGCAGCAGCCCAGAAGACACCAUUCAGAACACCCAAGAGUGUCCGUAGAGGUGGCCCACAACCAGAGGAGGAGCAGAGGAUUCUGGGAACUCCGGACUAUCUGGCUCCUGAGAUUCUACUUCAGAAACCACAUGGAGUGGCUGUCGACUGGUGGGCUCUCGGGGUCUGUCUGUUCGAGUUCCUCACUGGUGUCCCGCCUUUCAAUGAUCAAAAUCCAGAGUCGGUGUUUCAAAACAUCCUCAACAGAGAUAUCCCAUGGCCAGAUGAGGAGGAAGCGCUGAGUGAGCGUGCCCAGGAUGCCAUUGACCAUCUCCUCACCAUGGACCCUGACGACCGACCUGGAGCCAAGGAGGUGCGUCAGCUGCCCUUGUUCUCCGCUGUCGACUGGGACCAUGUCCUGGAGAUGGAGCCAGCCUUUGUUCCUCAACCAGAUAACGAGACAGACACAACUUACUUUGAAGCACGGAACACUUUGCAGAACCUGAUUGUGAGUGCCGUGGAUCUUUGAGCACACUGAAUAUAGGUGUGCAGUGGAUCUUUGAGCACCUGUAGCGUGAGAGUCCUAUGGAUCUCUAUGUGAUCUGUAGAUGUAUGGUUCUGUCUUACUCUUACACAUAUUUGGAAAUACAUAAUAGCUGUAAACAUACCUCUAUAUACCAGACUGUGUGGAUGGUAUUGAUCAGUUCAUUCAAAUGUAUGUUGAGCUUGGUCAAACAUGAUACACUACCUAGCUUGGCUGUAUGAGACAUGUUGCAUUGUAUACAUGAAGCCUUUAAGGGCUUUACACAACAUUGAUGGGUUGUAUUAGAUAUAUGGCCUUGAUGGGCUGUAAUAGAUAUGUAUGGCCUUGAUGGGUUGUAAUAGAUAUAUGGCCUUGAUGGGUUGUAUUGAUCAUAUAGCCUUGAUGGGUUGUAUUGGACAUAUAGCCUUGAUGGGUUGUAUUAUAGUACUGUCGGAAAUAGACAAAAACUGUAUUUACUCAUUUAUCUCUACAAUUUAUGUAGUUGA